CUAUAUGCAUUUUAUUUCACAUAUUUUAUUUUUUAUAUAUAAGAAAUCUACAGAGUAUUUGUUUUGAUAUUUGAAGGAUGUGAAUAUAGAAUAUGACUUGAUCUUCAUGAAUAAAUAAAUAGCUCAUUGUUGCAGACCCUAAUGCACUCUUCUGCUAAGGACAAUAACUAGAGCACGAUAGAGAAUUGUUGAUUAAUAAAUGUGUUCAGAAUCAGAGUGUCCUCCCAAAUCCAUAUUUGAGUUUGGUUUCUAUUUUCGAAUUGAGUUGCAUUGAUUCAGGAACUCCACUCCUCUACCUACUGAAAAUUAAUCCAUCUAGGUUUUCUUCCCAAAAAUUCUCAUGAAUCGAGAUUAUUUUGACAAGGGGCUUUGAGCCUAUGUCACUGCGCCCGUGCUAGCUCGCAUGUAGCCCUGGUUGAUUUGAUAUUGUGGAGGGAUUCUACACAAGUCUCUCGGUGUCUAAUUCUUGGCUACAAAAUUUGUAUUGGGGAAUUCCUUUGGUAUUGAACGCCAAUCUCUGCAAUUCAGCUUCAAAUCCGGCAAUCUGGGUAUCUAAAUCCACUUUUGGCCUCCAUGGAUCUUUAUUCAAUUUUGAGGUUUCGUCUUUCUUUCAGGACGUGAUUAUAUACUAUGUGCACCUGAGGUUUCAUUCAAAUCAUUUGGGCGGAUGGAUUUCCUGGGAGAAACGACUGCUGGGUAUGAUAAUUGUGGCAGCCUUCCUGGAAUGAAUGACCAUGCUCUUUGGGCUACUGAGGAUGAUUAUAGAGCCUGGAAUGAAGGUGGCGGGUAUGAGCCCCCGAACAAGAAAUCCCGUACCUCACAGGGCUCGGAGUCUCAAGUCGUAGUCCCUAUCAGAUCCAAAGCCAUUGGGAAGAUGUUCUUCAAGACCAAACUGUGUUGCAAGUUCCGUGCGGGGGUCUGCCCCUAUAUCACCAACUGCAACUUUGCUCAUGGGCUUGAAGAGCUUCGCAAGCCGCCUCCUAAUUGGCAGGAGAUAGUCACUGCUCAUGAGGGAGGGGUGGGAUUUGAAAACUACAGAGAGGAACACCAGAUUCCAAUAAUGACUUCCCCUGAAUCGCGGGCCGACUUUCAGAGGUCUCACAAAGGAAGGCACUGCAAGAAGUUCUAUACCGAAGAGGGUUGCCCGUUUGGAGAUAGCUGCACCUAUAUUCAUGAUGAACAGGCGCGGUCUAGGGAGAGUGUUGCCAUUAGUGUGACUCCCACCAUGGGCGAUUUCGAUAAGAAUAACUCAACAGCGAUGUACCAAAAGCCCACCAACUGGAAGACAAGGAUUUGUAACAAGUGGGAAACAACGGGGUAUUGCCCAUUUGGCACCAAGUGCCGUUUCGCUCACGGGGCAGCAGAACUGCAUAAUUUUGGUGGAGCUCAAGUAGAGGGCGAAGGAAAAGAUUCUGCUUCAGAUAUAAAACCAGGAGGAGGAUCCUCCUUAAAGCCGGUUGAUCUGAAGGUGGCCUCGACAACAUAUCUUCCCAGUAACAACACAUCUCAGAGGAGGCCUAUUCAGAAGUGGAAAGGACCGAAUAAAAUAAGUAAAAUCUACGGUGACUGGAUAGACGAUAUGGACUGAUAAGAGGGUGGGGUUCUAUGUUCUUGAAUGUAAAAGUUUCUCAGCUGUGGUGAAAUAAAGCUUUUGACCAAUUCGCCCUCCGUUUCUUGUGAGUUUGGAGCUUAACUGGAAUAUUAUAUAUCUCUUUUUCAGGUUCAGAUCAUGUUGUUGCUCUAUGUAGUUUAUGUACCAUAGUGAGUGAUAUAAACUAACUUGUUCAAAACAAAAUAAAAUAAAAAUCACGUU